AUGUCGUCCUUACUGAGCUGUUGUCUGAAGACGAGGCGGAAAGCGGAGGAGUGGAAAGAAAUUAAGGAGGCCGAAGAGAAUUCCGAGAAGAAACCGGAAUGGACCCUUCCCUUAAAUCCUAUCAUGCUUCAGGGUUUCGAAUGGCACGUGCCAGCUGACCAGAACCAUUGGAAGCGCCUACAAAGGGUCCUCCCAAAUCUGAAAGACAUCGGAGUCGAUAAUAUCUGGAUACCCCCGGGAUGCAAAGGCAUGGAAUCGAACGGAACAGGAUACGACGUUUAUGACCUCUAUGACGUGGGUGAGUUCUACCAGAAAGGCUGCCGAGCGACAAGAUGGGGCUCUAAAGAGGACUUGCAUGAACUUGUACAAUCUGCACAAGAUCUCGAUAUUGGAAUCAUCUGGGAUACUGUCUUGAACCAUAAAGCCGGGGCCGAUUUCACCGAGAAAUUCCCGGCCGUGAAAGUAGACCCUAAAAACAGAAACACUGUGAUUUCGAAGCCGGAGGAAAUUACGGCUUGGGUGGGAUUUGACUUUCCAGGUCGCAAGGGGAAGUACAGCUCUAUGAAGUAUCAUUAUCGACAUUUUAAUGGCGUGGACUGGGAUGAAUCUCGAAAACAAAAUGCCAUAUACAAGAUUGCCGGUCCCCAGAAGAAGUGGUCCCAGGAUGUCAGCAGUGAACACGGCAACUAUGAUUAUCUGAUGUUUGCCAAUCUGGACCAAAGCCACCCCGCGGUGCGUGCAGACCUCUUUAAUUGGGCGGAAUGGAUUGGAACCGAGUUCGCCCUCAGCGGUAUGCGAAUCGACGCAGCCAAGCAUUACUCUGCUGUAUUCCAGAGAGACUUUGUGGAUCAUCUUCGAAAAACGGUGGGAGGAAACUAUCUCUUGGUGGGCGAGUACUGGCGAGGAGAGGUGGAGUAUCUUCUGAAUUACCUCAAAAUAAUGGAAGGUCGCGUUUCGCUAUUUGACGUGCCACUGCUGGGGCGGAUUUCAGAAAUUUCUCAAACAGAAGGUGGUGAUUUGCGGAAGAUAUUUAAAGGCACAUUGGUGGAACACAGCCCUGGCCACGCCGUGACAUUUGUGGGAAACCAUGAUACUCAACCCGGCCAGUCAUUAGAGACAAUAGUCGUGCCAUUUUUCAAAGAGAUUGCUUAUGCUUUAAUUCUUCUGAGAAGUCAAGGCCAACCGUGCGUUUUUUAUGGUGAUCUAUACGGACUUCAAGGCGGACCAAAUUCUUUGAACUCUCCAUCUUGCCAGAGAAAGCUCGCAGUAUUGAUGCGCGCGAGAAAGUUAUAUGCUUACGGCGAGCAGCGCGAUUACUUCGACAAAAGAAAUUGUAUAGGGUUCGUGCGAUAUGGAAAUGUGAUGUACCCUUAUGGUAUUGCUUGCAUCGUCAGCAACACGGUUGCAGCCUACAAGAAGAUGUAUGUGGGGAGACGGCACGAAGGAGAGGAAUGGACAGACAUACUGGAAUUGUGUGCAGAAACAGUCAUCAUCGAUAAUCGAGGCUAUGGGGUAUUCCCUGUGGCUGCGAAGAGCGUUAGCGUGUGGGUACAUGAAAAAGCCUGGGAAAGAAAGAGCCUUACUCGACCCUUCAACGGAAAUAUUUACCAACAAUAG